AUGCCGGCUGAACCCCGCGAGCGAGUCUGGUCGCAAGCGCUUCCCUUUCAACAAUUUCACGUGCUUUUUAACUCUCUUUUCAAAAGCUGCAUUCCCAAACAACUCGACUCGUCGAAGGAGCUUCACACGGGCGCGGACACCCCAUCCCAUACGGGAUUCUCACCCUCUAUGACGUCCCGUUCCAGGGCACUUAGAUGGGGACCGCUCCCGAAGCAUCCUCUGCAAAUUACAAUGCGGACCCCGAAGGAGCCAGCUUUCAAAUUUGAGCUCUUGCCGCUUCACUCGCCGUUACUGGGGCAAUCCCUGUUGGUUUCUUUUCCUCCGCUUAUUGAUAUGCUUAAGUUCAGCGGGUAUCCCUACCUGAUCCGAGGUCAACCUGGAUAA